AUGUUUUUAGUGUUGAACUCGAUGUUAAAAAAUGACCUCGAAAUUUUUUUAUCUAAGCAUUGUAAUAUUUGUAACGCUCCUGCAAUUGAUUGUGGCCACUGAAGAUGAGAGUCCAAUCAAUCCAAUUAAUUUGGAAGUGGUACGUGGUGCGCGCACUUGCCGUCGUUGUGUUGGGAAACUACAGUCCACAGGCCUCAUAAAACAGUUGAAGACCUUGAGAAUAAAUAGGCGUUGGGAGAAUGAAAAAGAAUUUCGCAAGGGUAUACGUUUCAAAUACUAUCGUGAUGGUGAAAAGGUUUACGAAAGCGCCAGUGAUGAUCCCAAAGCGCUAACGAAGUCUGGCUGCUCACCGGAUGAUAAAUUUGCAUUUAUAUUGCAUGGCUGGCGGCAAAGUUGCGAAACCGAAUGGGUGCUCACACUCAUAGAGCGUCUCACAUAUCAUCGUGGCGGUUGUAUUGUGUGCAUAGACUAUGAGGUCUUCGCCAAGGACUCUUAUAUGUGGUUAUACCGCAGCUUCCGACGCAUUUCGAAUAUAAUUACGAAACGCAUGUUGCUUUUAAUUAAGGAAGGCUUCGAUCCGGAUAAUGGUUAUAUGUUCGGUUUUAGUUUCGGCGGUCAGCUAGCGUCAGCAAUUGGACGUAGUUUGAGUGAACGAUAUCUCUUUCACAACAUUGAUACUUGUGACAUGGCUGGUCCCGGUUUCGAUGUCUUCAUCAAUAUCGAUCAUCGUGAGGCCGCUCGUCAUGUACAGUGUCUGCACUCUAGUCGCGAUAAAGGCACACAGGUGUACACUUGUCAUCAGAAUGUACGUUUGGGUAGCUGCGGUCACUUCCAACCGGCUGAAUCGAGUCAACCUUAUUACAGCAGUCAUGGCUUGUGCGUACAAAUUUAUAUAAAUGCCUUCGAUUAUCCCUUCUAUGCGAUGCAAUAUGAACCGACAUGGUGUGCUUCAAAGCGUGCUGCAACAAAUAUUCCUUAUAAAUAUACGAUUGGUUACAAUGAGACGCCUAAUGCUAAUAUACGCGGUGAAAUUUUCGUGCCAACUAGUCUACAUUUCCCAUAUAAUUUUUCUGAAAAGGAGAUGCUCAUGUUGGGAUUCUUUGAUGAGAAUGCAGAAAUAUAAACCAAUUGAAAUAUUGAAUAAUCGUUCAAAAUGAUCAGAAAAAUUAACAUUAGUACGAAUUUUCCGUUGGCAUGUGAAUGGAAACAAAAUAAUACCUUGCAAAAGCCCGCCAGCCAUGCAUAUAUGCCUGUAUGUAGUUGAAUAAAAUAAGAAAUAUGCAUUCCAAUACACAGUUUGUCAAACUGUCAGCGUUAGAUUUUUUACUGCACAUA